GUCAUCCAGACCGGAUGUGAUCCGGGUUUUACCAGCAAACUACCUCCUGGCCAUCAACGCUAGCUGAAAUGUUUACGUUUAAUCAAACCGUCUUGGCUUCAACUCAAGGUCCUAUAAAUGGUUACCAAAGUUCCCUUGCAAACUCAACUUCUUCUCAACUCAACCCUCACACUCAUUUACAACACUGACAUCAGUCUACCACACUCUUUUACACACGGUUUUCACCACCAAACUCAACAUGUCUUCUCACGUUGCUCCCCUCCUGGCCGGCCUCAUCCUCGGCGCCACCCAGCUCACAUCCGCCUCCCCCGUCGCUGAUGCGCCCAUGCCCGUCGCCGCCCUCCUCAGCAACGGCACCUACACUGAGGUCGUCACCGCCAUCACCACCUACUGCCCCGAACCUACCGUCAUCUACCACGGCAAGUACACCUACACCAUUAAGGAGCCCAUGACCUUCACCAUCACCGACUGCCCCUGCACCAUCACCCACGUCGGCCCCGUUCCUACCGGCGUCGCCCCGGGCCCCGACUGCCCGACCGCCUGCGCCGACGACUACAACAAGUGCCGCAGCGCUCCCGACGCCAACCGCGCCUCUUGCGCCGCCGAGUACGCCGGCUGCCUCGGCUACAGCCCCUUCGGGCCCGAUGGCUCCCUCGUCACCCCCACCGCCUGCUCCGGCACCGCUACCGCCGUCCCCCCCAUCGCGACUGGCAUCGUCCCCCCCAUCAGCGCCGUCCCCCCUAUCGCGACUGGCAUCAUUCCCCCCAUCAGCGCCGUCCCCCCUAUCGCGACUGGCAUCGUUCCCCCCAUCAGCGCCGUCCCCCCCAUCGCGACUGGCAUCGUUCCCCCCGUCAGCGCCGUCCCCCCCAUCGCGACUGGUAUCGUUCCCCCCGCGACCCCUACUGGUGACACUUGCGUCGCGGGCUGCAACGACUCGUACAACAAGUGCCGCAGCGCUCCUGGUGCCAACCGCUCGACCUGCGCUGCUGAGUACGCUGGCUGCCUUGGCUACAGCCCCUUCGGACCUGACGGCUCGCUUAUUACCCCCACUGCUUGCUCUGCUUCUGCUACGGGUGCAGUGCCCACUGCCACCGCGAAGCCUUCGCCUCCUGUGGUCCAGGUUGCGUCUGCUGGACGUACGUCUUUCGGUGUCGCCGUUGCGGCUGUGUGUGGUCUUGCUGCUCUUGCUCUGUUCUAAGGGAUGAUGAGUGGGAGUCUUUCGAGAUUGUGUCUCGGGUUUGUGUAUUGGAUUCUGUGUAGAUAGUUUGCUUUAAUAUGUUAUAUUCAUGAGACCGAUUCUUUGAGCAUUAGGC